AUGAACUUGCGGUUUAGCAUUGAUGCUUUACAAAUGCUCAUUGCGUUUAAAGCCUCGAAGGAUAUCUUCCCAAGCAAAACUCUGAUGAAUCUUUUCAGUGAUUUGCUACCUAUACAUGAGAACACCUGCUUGCUGUCAUUCUUGACGGAGAGCGCGUAUGAAUAUUUUUAUAGCUGCAGACAUGAAAGCAUCCCAACUAAAGAGGAGUUCAUGGAGUGGACAAAAAAGUGGAUAGAAACCACCCAUGCAAGGGUCCUCAAAACUGAGCUAUCUAGAUACAAGCCAAGCGAUCAGCAGGUAGGAAUAGCGAAUGCAUCACAGUCUGUGCUCCAAAAGCAUUUUGUUGUUAUAGAUAACAAUGAAAUCAGCAAAAGCAGCGUAUCAUAUAAAGCCAGAAGAAAGCUAAUUGAUACUCUGAAAAGCGACCAGAAAGAGAAUAACCCUGCUAUCAAAAGAGCGCGAGUAUCCUUGUCAGAGGACAUACUGAAGUGCCCCAAGAAGAAGCCACUAAAUGGGUCAACGCAGCCUCCAACUAAGGUGCCCCCAUCUGAAGAGCACAAAACAGCAAAAACCAAUCUUCUUUCGUUCAUGACAAAGAGAAGUGGCGAAAAGGCCGGGCUGCUCACAAACGGCCUGUCUAUAAAAUACCCAGGUAGAUUCUAUGGAAAAGUGACUACAAUACGGCUCUGCAAAGAGAUAAGCAAGCCUGUGCGAAUGGUGUUUUAUCAGAUACAUGGACAAAUUCGGCCAUCCUUCUAUGCAGUCAAGCCAAGCACAUAUGCCCCAAAUAUUUUACACACAAGAAACACAAUACGAAAAAUACUUCAGCCAGAGGAGUAUUUAUACGAUUCAGAAGAAGAGUGGAUUGAAGAGGAUGGAGAAAGUAUAGAUAAAGAGUCAGAGGAAAGCGAUGACGAUGAGUCUGGAAAUGCAGAAUGGGUAGAAGAAGAUACAAACACGCCCUUUUUUAGCAAAGGACAGCUUCCAGAAAUUGACUAUCCACUGCUCACUGUUCUAACUGUGGAUGAGUCAACGUUAGAGUAG